CACUAUGUGGUGAAAUAAUGUUCUUUUGUGAUUUAUGAAGUCGAGAAGUGUAGUCCAGGUUCUGUUUGUUUUCACUCUGACUGGAUUACUGGAAUCUCCACAUUCUCUCUGUCUACAUGAUUUUACAGUCAGACACCAGCUUCUCAGUCAGUGUGUCAGUGAACUGCCCUUGACUCAAUGGUAGGACUUCUUUUCAUGCAAGUGGUAGGAGUUCCCGAAACAGUAAAGUUUUAGCUGUGCCCUUUAAAAAACUUACAGACAAAAGAGGCGGACAAAACAGGAUACCACCCUGCAACUCUCCAUUCCUUUUACAUGAUAAACAGUCUCCUUAUUGGCCCAUGUAUUGGGACGCCGUUGUAAGGUGUCUGCUAAGUGGGCUGUCUAUAGUAUUUUUACUCUUAUUACCCAAAUCUCCUUGGCCUGUGUUACCUUGGACUCCCCCCAGCUUGCCCUAUUCAUGUGUGGAAUCUCAUUGUUGGUGUGGACAUCAUUCAAGCUGGUGUUUUAAGGCCUGAGGGAGGCUCCUACUUCAUUAGAGCCGUGUUUCGAGGACUGGGGUGAGAGCUAGCACGACAUCUGGGGCUGGCGGCCAGUCGGGGUGAAUAGUGAAGAAGAUUCACAGAUUUGAAGGAACCGACCAAAGAGCAGCUUUGGAUCAAAGUUUCAUCCUUUUGAGAAGCCGAAGCAAGUGAAGCUUUUAAAGAUGCCACCUGCCUCACUGGCACUGUCUUGGUGUCUGCUCACACUGUGGACAGUUACUGCAGCUGUAUUUCUGGAGGAGGAGCUUAAUGAAACUGUCAUUUGCACCAAUGACCAGAUGCAAGUUAUCAUUCCCAGUGCUUUCUUUCUCAAUAAGGAACCACCUGUUUAUAUUUGGGAUUUGCACCUAAAUGACCCAGAAUGUCGUGGUGUUGAGAUUGGAUCUGACUAUGUCUUCAGUAUAAAAACUAAUCUUACAGAUUGUGGCACAAUCACGGCAUCUGACGAUACUCACAUCAUGUUCACCAACUCCAUCCGCAAUAAUGAAACUGACAUCAUCACAAGAAACUACGUUAACAUCACGUUCGGCUGUCGCUAUCCUGUAAACUACAUGGUCCAGCAGCCUAAUGGAGAAAACAUGAUCAGAGUUGAUGUCCGGACAAUCACUCUCAACACAGAGGAUGGAAACUUCUCAGUGUCCAUGUUGCUCUAUAAAGAUGAAGCCUAUGAGGACAAAUGGACCACUGUUCCCUCACUGACACUUGAGGACAACAUCUAUGUGAAAGUUUACAUGAUACCAGCCAAUCUUAUGCUCCGAGUGGAGAGAUGCUGGGCCACACCCAACAAUGAUCCAUACAGCAACAUUCAGUACACUUUCAUCAAGGACAGCUGUCCAGUACUGGAAAAUGACCAGACACUGGCUGUGAUGAGGAAUGGACGAGGCCCAGAGGCUCUGUUCCGGAUCCAAAUGUUUAAGUUUGUUGGCAGCUCCUAUACAGACGUUUUUCUUCACUGCAACGUCCAAAUUUGUCACAGCACUGCCGGAGUGUGUCAGCCUAACUGCUCGGGUGUAGAAGAACAAGCACGGAAACGCAGAGACGUUGCUUUAUCACACACAGUGUCUUACGGACCAAUAAAAAGACUCCAGAAGACCUCUGAUCAUACCAGUCUCAGUGUGCCCUCGGUUGAAACCUUUGUGCUAGCGGGUCUGCUGGUGAUCCUUAUCCUCAUCACUGGUGUAUUUGGGAGGUUGUGGCAUAAAAGCAGACGUUCCUAUCCCGCUCGAGAGGCCCAGCUUACCCUUUCCAACAUCCAUCACAUCUCAGAGGUGGCCAACUAAGCUGGAAUAUACAAGAAAAUGCCCUCUCUCAUAUGCAUACAAACACAGAUAGAAUGAAACAAUACACAUUCUGCACAGAGAACAUCUGUGUAAACUACAGUGCAUUGUUUUAAAGAACUAGGGACCAGAUAAGUUAGAUGUCACAUUGGAGAAAAGUAUUUGUUUUAAAUGUGUGUACUGUCAUUUGUAUGAUUAUAUGAUGUAUCUGUUUGUAAUUGUUUAUUGUAAACAAACAAUUGUUUAUAGUUGAGACUGAGAUAUAUUUAAAAAUAAAAUAUCUUUCUUGUGA